AUGCCCCUUUAUAGAUCUCUGGAGCGGCCUCUUCUGAAAGACCGUGUACAGCGUUGGUCCUCCUGUCUCAAGAAGGACAUUGCCGAGCUGGAGAAAGUGCAGAAGGGGGCAGCCGAGAGGAUGAGGGAGUGCCUUUCCUCGGAGGCUGGGGAUUUGGAGGUCGUAGUUGAGAAAAAGGAAAGCGUUUUCAUCCAUAGUCUGGGGGUCAACGUGAUGCUCCGGAAGAUCGCCGUGGCCGCAGCCUCCAAGCCGGCGGUGGAGAUCAAGCAGGACGGAGAGCGCUUCUACAUCAAGACCUCCACCACCGUGCGCACCACCGAGAUCAGCUUCAAAGUCGGCGAAGAGUUUGAGGAGCAGACGGUGGACGGGAGGCCCUGCAAGAGCUUGGCCAGAUGGGAGAGCGACACUAAGAUGGUGUGUGAGCAGAGGCUGCUGAAGGGAGAAGGACCCAAGACAGGCUGGACCCGAGAAAUGACCAACGACGGGGAGCUCAUCUUGACAAUGACCGCCGACGAUGUCGUCUGCACCAGGAUCUACACCCGGGAGUGAAGCCUCUUUUUCUGGGGUUUUUUUUUUGGA